CUCCUCGAGACGGACCACGCGUCGAUGCAGCAGGGUCACGUCAAGGAGUGGGCGCGCCAAGUGAAGCACUACGUCGACCAUAGUUUGCUCUGCUCCCUGGGGCAGCGCAAGCGCGAGGUCAUGGACUACGACAACCUGGUUGCGAGCUUCUCCCGCACCAAGGAAUACGAGGCAGCGGGGGCGGCGUGGAUGUCGGGCCCGAUUUGCUCGGACAUCGACGACGCCACCAUAAGCCAGCUCGAGGGUGCCGCGGGCGUGCGGUCGGAGGAGGCGCACUCCCUCUCCUCCAGGCACGCGCCCUCGCGGCGCCUCUCCUUCGACGCGCCCAUCCCCGCCUUGGUGGUCGACGUCAAGGUCGCCCAGCGGCUUGAGCCUAACAAGCCUGGAGCUUGCUUGACAGAGGCUCUGGCCAUGCUCGCGGGGCGCGCGGUGGUCAUCACGUGGCGCGCUGCUGUGAGCGAGGCGCUCCAGCAGUCCAACGAAGACCGCGCGUGGCAUCUGUUCAAUGCCGCGUCGCCCGUGCCCAUCAGGAUGCGCUUGCUGCCUGAUGGCGACGCGACCCACUUGGCCGCUCUGGCAUUUUCAGAGAAGAUGUUAUCUGCGUAUGCUGCCUCUGGCGCUGAGUCCUUCUGGCGGCUCGCAGAAAAAACGCGCCGCUUGACCGACGUUGAGAACUGUUUCGCCAAACAGGAACCAGUGUCGAAGCUGGGGGCUGCGCUGAAGGCCUACGGCCUGAAGUUCGAAGGAAAAGCAUGCACCGCUGUAACCGCCGCGGCGCUGAAAGGUCUGCGCCCUUUCGUCCUCGACGGCGCCUGCAGUUCGGCUUUCGCGCUGGCCGAAGUGCAUUUCCCAGAGCUUCGCGACCCUGGGUUUCUCAUGAGGAUCGGCUUCGCCUGCUCCACGAGGGCUGGUUCUGACGCCAAGGCCAGGGAAUUGCUCGUUUUCAUCAUGAACAGUUUCCGCGUGGCCCGCUUGACGGGCGACGUCCCGAAGGGCGAGAAACUGGUCGCGAGCCGGGUCGUCGGGCGCGAUAGGAAGACGCCGGGGAUGCCCCACGCGCUCUUCAAGAAAAAGGAGCUCGUCGAGUACAUCUUCCACGAGGCGUUUCUCAUGAACAAGGAAGUGGGGAACGACAUGGCGGCAUUUAGGACGCCCCUCCACAUCCUCCAGAAGUUCGCUGCCCCUGGCGCGGAUGGGCUCGUGGCUUCGCACCGCGCGUCCGACUCAGGCGGCGGCGCCGACGGGAUGGAGACAUCGUUUGCGCCCCCCGUGGCUGGGCAUCGGAACGCCGUGGAUGUCAAGACGAAGGCGAUGAUCGACGUCGCGUGGCCUCUGUGGUCGAGCGCUUUCGACGACGCAAUUGCCGAGCUUGCCCAGCAGGAGUUGCAGGACAGCGCCACUGGGUUCGUCUGGCACACGUACCUCACCGAGACCAGCCAGGGCAUUGGUGCCAAGUGCCGCGCCUUCGUGGCCGCGUGCACGGGCGGGCCGAUCCCCGCCGACCCCGAUUUGGAUGCAAAUCUCGGCUUGUUGGGGAUGUCCGAGCUCGGGGACGAGCACAAGGAAGAGCUCCAGAAGCUCCGGGGGGAGCUCAAGCAGCUCCGCAGGAAAACUGCGAAGUUCGUCAGUUUGCCGUCUGUCGGCGGUGCCUCUGGCGCGGAGUACGCAGUGGUGCAGAUGCAGAGCUUGUGGUGUGCGCUCAGCCUCGGGCACCGCUUCGGGAGGAAGAAGAACGACGUUCGCGCGUUCAUCCCCCCAGCGGACUUGUUCCCGCCCAACGUCGUCAAGCAAGGCGCCAAGGCGAGGAUGAACGAGCAGGCGGCGCGUGACGAGGCGAAGUUCAAGCGCGUCAUCGAGUUCUUCUUGCAGAAGAGGCAGAAGGAUGAUAUCCUCAUCUUCCUCGACGGCAGGAGCCGCGCGAACCGCAGGGUCAUCGAGUCCUUCGAUGCGAAGUUGGAGUCAGGAGGCACCCACGCGCACGUCGAGUGCUGCUUCGUGCACGAGCAACCGACGAAGAAGGUGGACCCGCGGUCCGCGGCCAGGGCGUCGAGCUACACGAAGAACAACAGGGAGACGGCCAUUUUCUCGGUGCCACUCAAGGGCCCGCCGCGGAAAGUGGUGCACCGUGCGGAGUUCAACGCGUGCGGCGAGUCCUCGACCGCAGACACGUCAUGCAUCGGUAUCCCAAUGCGGCGUUUCUCCGAGCUCCCUCGCAUGGACCACGAGACGAAGAUGAGCAUCUUGGGAGCUGCAUCUCGCGCUAGCGCUGACGGGGAGCAUCCGCGCCUGCAGGGGGACAUCGGCUCGAAGGACCACCCGUUCUCGCACGGCGAGGUGAAGCCGCUCAGCUUGUGGCAGACUCUCGUAGAGCACCACAAAGUGACCCACGUCGUGGAGUUCGCUCCAGGUUCUGGCGCUUUAGCUGUUGCUGCCUCUGGCGCAAUUGAGUACGAAGGCAUCGCUGCCAACGAUGCGCACCGGGGCUGGCUCGAUUCCACCGUGGACAGGCGCGCGAUGCACAGGGCGGGCCACGACGAGGGGAACGCGGAGCAAUUGGGCGGCGACGCCGUGUGCGUCGAGAAAGCCAGCAAGUAUUUCAGCGGAGCCAUGAUGGAUGCGAAACGUCUGUUGAUGCCAGUGGCUGGGGGCGGCGACGAUGAGGAGGAGGAGGAGGAGGAGGAGGAUGGCGCGAGCUCGGACGACGAGUAG